CUGUCCAGGCUGGCAGAACAGGCACUCUCGGCUGUGGGCGGUGUGACGUCGCUGGCCCAGCCCAGGGAGGUCCUCCCAGGGCGCCCAGGGAGGGCGGACCUUGGGUUGGACCCGCCGCCCCCAAUCCCGGGGCCUGGGGGUCCCCCUCACCUUGCCCCGGCCUCCUGCCAGUCGCCACCACCCCUAGCCUCUCCCGCUGAGUCCGGCGCCCCAGAGAGGAUUAAGGAGGCAGGGAGCUCUCUUUAUCCAAGGACGUGGCCCCCUGUAUGGGUAGUGGGGGCCACAGGCUGGGAUACCCCUGAUGUCAGAAGUGAGUGAGCAGCUUGACUGACCACAAGCAGUCCCUCAGCAUCAGCAUGGACUCCAGGAUCCCAUCUGCUAGGAGCUGGAUCAGCAGCCACCCACCCACCUCUGAACCUGACCUGGAGCCUGCCACAGAUGGGCCAGCUUCCGAGACCACCACACUCAGCCCAGAAGCCACCAGCUUUAAUGACACCAGAAUCCCUGACGUGGCUGGUGGCACAGCCGGCGUGGGCACAAUGCUUCUGUCCUUUGGGAUCAUCACAGUGAUUGGCCUGGCUGUGGCCAUGGUUUUGUACAUCAGGAAGAAGAAGAGGCUGGAGAAGCUGCGCCACCAGCUCAUGCCUAUGUACAACUUCGACCCCACGGAGGAGCAAGAUGAACUGGAGCGGGAGCUGCUGGAGCACGGGCGGGACACUGCCUCCGUGCAGGCCGCCACCGCUGUGCAGGCCACGCUGGCCAAGACCACUCUCCCCUCUCAGGGCCCAAUGCAGAGGCCCAGCCGGCUGGUGUUCAGUGAUGUAGCCAAUGCCAUCCACGCGUGAGGACCCUGGGACAGGCCUGGACCUCUGAUGAAAACACCUGCCACAGUGCCCUCAGCUGCCAACUCCGAGAUCAUUAGGACCUCCUCUCAGGACCUGCCCUGCCAAGGCCUCAGCUAUUUUGAGGACCCAGCUGCUGACCCUCCAGGCUCUAAAAGAGGCCCCUGGCCAGGUUGGGCAUAUGGCCACUGAUAUCCCCUGACCUGAGGGCCCUGGAAUGCAGAGCAUCCCUCAUAAGCCUUCCUUAUGCUGGCUGGCUUCCUUGUGCCCUUCCCAGACCCCUCACAUCAGGGUCUGCUCCUCUAAUGUGGAGGAAAUGGGGGGAGAUGUGGGAUGGGAGGGGGAAGGGAAGGAGAGUAGGGGGGUUCCCAUCCAUCAGGGAGAGACAUAUCUUUGGAAUCUGGAGUCUCCUCUGGGGUUGGGGAGAGGCAGCCACCCAGGUCACAGCCACAUGGUACGGUGGUGCUCUGGGAGAGGCUCAGGGAUAGAGCUGAAACUGCCCAGUGGGCAAGGAUGCCAGCAGGAGGGCUGCUCAUACCCAAGGUCAGUCCAAAUUACAGGGAUGCAUGAGGUCUUCCAGCCACCCCUCCGUGGUGGUCGGCUAUUGGCUGGGCCCAAGCUAGGAUGAGAGCUGAGGGGGAAGGGAGGUGGGGGAGCAGGUGUGGAGGGAUGCAGUGCCCAGGCCUGCUAGAAGGCCUCCUGCAUGCGCAUGAAGGUGCCCACCUGCAGACACAUGCCUGUCCCAGCACAGGGGGCAGGAUGGAGACCCCUGCAUUGGCUCCACCCUCCAAGCCACCCCCCACCCCAUGGUGUGUAGAGGAACAUUAAGUAGGCCACCUUCUCCACCUUCAGUGUUCAGGGACUGAAGGGAGAGGGAAGCAAAGGCAAGGGUCCACUGCCCACCACAUCCCUUCACUGGGCUCUAAAAGCCAGGUUACCUGCUUCUGGAACAGUUCCCUGUCUAGGUGUUUAUCGGGGACCUGGGGUUGGGGGAGAGACUAUUGGUCAGAGGGCGGUGGUCGCCAGCUGCAGGCUAGCAGGGGAAGUUCUGAAUGCCUGAAACAGGGUGGGGAUAGCCCCUUGGAAAACAGACCUAAGAGACCUAGUCUGGAUUUUGAUCACACAACCCACCUACCCAUUGUCCACCCACCCCAUGCCCCGCAGGAAUUCUGCCAGGCUGGGGCAUCUGGGCAAGGCACUGGGUCAAGCCAGACCCCAAGAGCUGGGCACUUCUCCGCUGGGCACACAUGUGCACCUGAGCAGGCACAGACACACACCCCUGUGCCCAGCCUCGCCGCCAUCACUGUCCUCUGCUGGUUGGCGGGGACGUGAGGGUGGCAAAUACGAGGUGUCAGGCUGUGAGGGCCUAGGAGGACUUCAUGGGGAAGGUUCUGGAUUUAUUUCCUCCUCUAGAUGCUAUAAAUCCGUUAGCAUUUGAGCCAACUGGAGGGCUAUGGGUAAUUUAGGAUGCACAGAAACUGUAAUUUAACUCAUAGCAUCUCCAUGUGAGAGCAUUAAAGAUGUAAUUAAGACGUUUACACAAAGAGAGUGUGAGCCUGUGACACUGGGGAUGUGAAACCCCAGGAGGGGUGGGAUGGGUGAGGGGCUGUGGGGGGGAUGGUCGCUUGGAUAUCAGCUAUGAGGUGGAAGCCCAGCUGGCUUUCCUUAAUCUAUCCAAUGAGUUGCCUUUGGUCCUGAGUUCAAGGCUGCUCUGGGGCCUCGUGCCUCAGCUGUGGAAUGGGGUCACGACGCCUGCCAUAUCCUUGGUUGGAGAGGCCAAGUGGACAGGACCUAUGGGACAGGAGGAGGGAGGGGGCUUGAGCCCCAAGGGCCAGGGGGAGGUGCGGUGCCUCAGGACCCAUAGGAGCUGGGUGUGAAACACAAAA